AUGGGGAAGCUAGAAGGCUCUGGGCUGGAUGGAAAGAGCCAGGUGCCGGAAUGGCAGUGGAGCAGGGAUUCGCCGGUCCAGGAAGACCGGGCGUCGGGUGGUCGGUGGAGGGCUGGGUUAGGGUCCGGACCACAGAAGCCUCACAGGAGUUGCCAGGGCCUGGCCCGGCCCCCGCCCCAAAGGCCUUGUGUCUCUUCAGCAGCUCCCACAGCCGCCCCUUCCCUGGGCCGGGUCAUGCGCUGCCCCAAGUGCCUUCUCUGCCUGUCAGCGCUGCUCACACUCCUGGGCCUCAAAGUCUACAUCGAGUGGACGUCCGAGCCCCGGCUGGGCAAGGCCUACCCAGGACCCCGCAGCACCCUGCCAGGCCCCACGCCAGCCAGCGCCGAGCCCACCCUGCCGGCCAACCUCUCAGCCCGUCUGGGCCAGACUGGCCCCCUGCCCUUGGCUUACUGGAACCAGCAGCAGUGGCGGCUGGGGACCCUGCCCGGAGUGAACAGCACAGAGGCGGAGGACUGUGGUGCCUGGGGGGCCGCUGCCGCGGCUGAGAUCCCAGACUUUGGUUCCUACCCCGAGGACCUCCGCCGCUUUCUGCUGUGGGCCGCCUGCCGGAGCUUCCCACGCUGGCUGCCUGCAGGCGGCGGAGGCCAGGUGACCGGCUGCAAAGAUCCCGGUGAUGUCCCCUUCUUGCUGUUGGCUGUCAAGUCAGAACCAGGGCACUUUGCAGAACGACAGGCCGUGAGGGAGACGUGGGGCAGGCCGGCCCCCGGGGUCCGGCUGCUCUUCCUCCUGGGGUCCCCGGUGGGCCAGGCAGGGCCGGACCUCGGCACCCUGGUGUCCUGGGAGAGCCGGCGCUACGGUGACCUGCUGCUCUGGGACUUCCUCGACGUCCCCUUCAACCAGACGCUCAAGGACUUGAUGUUGCUGGCCUGGCUUGGCCGCCACUGCCCCGGCGUCAGCUUUGUCCUGCAGGCCCAGGACGACGCCUUUGUUCGCACCCCUGCUCUGCUGGGCCACCUGCAGGGCCUGCCGCCCGCCAAGGCCCGGGGCCUCUACCUGGGUGAGGUCUUCACCCAGGCCAAGCCUCUCCGGAAGCCAGGAGGACCCUUCUACGUGCCUGGGUCCUUCUUCGAGGGCAGCUACCCGGCCUACGCCAGCGGGGGCGGCUACGUCAUCGCGGGGCGCUUGGCACCCUGGCUGCUGCAGGCAGCGGCCCGCGUGGCCCCCUUCCCCUUUGGCGACGUCUACACUGGCCUGUGCUUCCAGGCCUUGGGCCUGGCGCCCAGGACCCACAAAGGCUUCCUCACGGCCUGGCCGGCAGACCGCACUGCUGACCCCUGUGCCUUCAGAGACCUGCUGCUUGUGCGACCCCUCAGCCCUCAGGACAGCAUCCGGCUCUGGAAACAGCUGCAGGACCCUGGGCUCCAGUGCUGA